AUGUAUCAGACGCAAGAUGGUGCUGGGAGCAGCUACACGUCGACGAUCUACGGGUUUAUCCGUGACCAAAAGUACGAGGAAGCUGUGCGAGUCCUUCAGAUCGAGCUAGAGAACCACCCGCACAGUCGAGCAGCUCUAUCACUUCUCGGUUACUGCUACUACCACAUGCAGCUCUUUCAUCAGGCCGUGGGCAUGUACGAGCAACUGUGUGCAAACUACCCAGAAGUGGACGAAUACCAGCUCUAUCUAGCGCAAUCACUGUACAAAUCCGGUCAAUACGACGCAGCUUCCAGACGAGCGAGUCAACUGGAGAGCGAACAGUUCGCACAACGCGUGCAUCUACUAAGAGCCGCCUCCUACUACGAGCAGAACGACAUAAAAGCCACGCGGUCCGUACUGGAAGAGUGUCUACCCGACGACCCGACCACGAUCGUGUUCGACGGGGCUAUUGAGUACAAGGAAGGUCGCUACGAGGCUGCUCGUGUUAAGUUCGCUGACGCCCUCAAUAUUUUAGGUUACCAACCAGAUUUGUCCUAUAACAUCGCCCUCUGUUUCUUCAAGAUGAAACAAUACGGCAACGCCAUGCGGCAAAUAGCCGAGAUCAUUGAAAAGGGGGUACGAGACCAUCCGGAACUCAGCGUCGGUAGUAAAAGCGAGCAAAACGCCGACGUCAAGUCCGUCCGGAACUCGACGGUACUACGCGAGACUGCGCUCGUCGAGGCCUUUAACCUCAAAGCAGCCAUCGAGUACGAGAUGAAGAACUACAAAGGAGCUCGAGACGCUCUACUGGAUAUGCCACCGCGACAGGAAGAAGAGCUGGACCCGGUAUCGCUCCACAACUUCGGACUCAUGAACAUGGACGUGGACCCGAACGGCGGCUUCAAGAAGCUCAAUUUCUUACUGCAAAACCCUCCAUUUCCCGUUGAAACCUUCUCCAACUUGUUGAUCCUGUACACGAAGCACGGCUUCCACGACCUCAUGGCCGAUGUAUUGGCCGAAAAUGCGCAUCUGACGUUUCAGUUACUGUCGAAGGAGUUCUACGACUUCAUGGACGCCACCGUGACACUACAGACGUCACCCGAAGACGCCUAUCGCACGUAUGACGAGCUGGCAACCAAACACGUUGAAGGGCUGCGGAAACUGACCAAGAAGAUCCAGGACGCGCGCUUGGCGCAGUCGAACGAGGACAUCAAAGCCUCCUUGAAAGCCUACGAUGACGCACUGGAAGACUUUAUGCCCGUGCUCAUGGCUCAGGCGAAUAUCUACUGGGAGCGUGGCAACUACACGCAAGUGGAGAAGAUUUUCCGCCAGACGGCCGAGUUCUGCUCGGAGCACGAGGCCUGGAAGCUCAACGUCGCGCAUGUCUUCUUCCUCCAAGGCAACAAGUACGAACAGGCUAUUCAGUACUACGAGCCGUUCGUGAAGAAGCAUCAGGACAACUUGUUGGAUGUGCAGGCCAUAAUCUUGGCCAACCUGUGCGUGUGCUACGUCAUGAACACUGACAACGAGAAAGCGGAGGAAUUACUGCGCUCCAUCGAGCGAGAAGAGGAGGAGGAAUCGAGUCGCGACCCUGAGAAAAGACUCUUCCACCUCUGUAUCGUGAACCUCGUUAUCGGCACGCUCUACUGCUCGAAGAACAACUACGACUUUGGUAUCUGUCGAGUCAUGAAGAGCAUGGAGCCGUAUCAUCGCAAACUUGGGCCGGACACGUGGUACUAUGCCAAGCGCUGCUUCCUCGGGCUGGCGCUUACUCUGGCCAAGCACAUGACCACCAUUCGAGACUCGACGAUGGAUGAUAUUCUCGAAUUCUUGGACUGCGCUGACCAACAUGGCAAGGACAUUUUCACGACAACGGAAGCGGAUCAGAAGAGUGCAAACGUAUCUGGGAGCAACGCCAUCCAGCACACGAUCAGCUACGAGGCUCGGGUCCUAAAGCGAACAUUCCUCAAGCUUCGCUCCUAG